UCGCAGAAUCUCUGGCUGCUCUCUGAUUGGUUUAUAUAGUCUUCCUAUAUUAUGCCUAGUGUCUCUUGAGGGACGCAUCUGCAAGUUGCUUGUGGAUGGGGAUAGGUCACAAAUGUGCUGCUGAUUAGCCAGUGGCAGGUUUGGCAGCAUUUCUGUUCCUGCUGUAGUAGUGCCCCCUAAGGACCAGUCCUAUUAUAGUGAACAUCAUCUCCAUGGAGACUCAUCCCUUAGAUUUAACUGCAUCCAAUGUUCUUGAAAAAGAUGCCAAUAAUGUGAAUUUCAACUCCACAGAGAUGCCUGGUACAGAACUGAAAGAGACUCCAAAAUCAGCCAAUGGAGAGGUAUUGCGGCCAGACUCUCUCCACUUGGAAAACUUGGAUUUGAAAUUGUGGACCAGUCAAGGAGAUGGAGAUGUAAAGCUCCGUAUCAGAGAAUCUGGCCAUGCAGCCAAAUCCCCUAUCACUGUCCAUCAGUUGCUAACACGUGCUGUGGACAAGUUUGGGGACUAUGUGGCACUAGCAGCAAAGGAGGGAGAGCAGUGGAAUACGCUGACUUACAAGGAGUAUUACCAACAAUGCCGUGCAGCAGCCAAGAGCUUUUUAAAGCUUGGUCUGCAGCGUUUCCAUGGUGUUGGGAUUCUAGGCUUUAACUCUCCUGAGUGGUUUAUAGCCGACAUUGGUUCCAUUUUGGCUGGGGGUUUUGCUGUUGGAAUUUAUACAACCAAUUCUGCAGAUGCCUGCCAGUAUGUUGCUGAAAACUGUCAUGCAAACAUUAUUGUAGUGGAGAACCAUAAGCAACUAACAAAAAUCCUUCAAAUUCAGGACAGACUGCCACAUCUGAAGGCUAUUAUCCAAUAUAAGGAAACUCUGAAAGAGAAGAAGCCAAAUCUUUACACGUGGGCAGAAUUCAUGGAAGUAGGAAAGGAUGUCCUUGACAAGGAACUGGAUGCAGUCAUCAAUUCCCAGAAGCCUAAUCAAUGCUGCACACUGAUAUACACAUCUGGGACAACAGGAAAUCCCAAAGGAGUAAUGCUCAGCCAUGAUAACAUUACAUGGACCGCAUAUGGUACUGGAAAGAUGGUGCAGCUGAGGGAUGCCCCUGACAUGCAGGAAACUGUGAUCAGCUAUCUUCCUCUCAGCCACAUUGCAGCUCAAAUGAUAGACCUUUGGUUGCCAAUUCAGCAUGGUGCCAGCACCUAUUUUGCACAGCCAGAUGCCUUAAAGGGCUCCCUAGCAAAUACUCUAAAGGAAGUCCGGCCCACAGCCUUUAUGGGUGUCCCCCGUGUCUGGGAGAAGAUGCAGGAAAAGAUGAAAUCCGUUGGUGCCAAGUCUUCAACAGUGCGAAGGAAAGUGGCUGCUUGGGCCAAAGAUGUUGGACUACAAACCAACUUGAGCAGGAUGAAUGGGAGCUCUUCAUUAACACUCAACUAUCGCUUGGCAAAGAAGUUGGUGUUCAAGAAGGUUCGUAAGGCCCUUGGUCUUGAUCGCUGCACCAAAUGCUACACAGGGGCAGCACCUAUAACCAGAGACACAUUGGAGUUCUUCCUCAGCCUUGAUAUUCCUGUGUACGAGCUGUAUGGCAUGAGUGAGAGCACAGGGCCCCAUACCAUUUCUGUUCCAAGUGCCUUCAGACUCACCAGUUGUGGAAAGGAGAUCCCAGGUUGUGAUACGAAGAUUCUCAACCCUGAUAAUGAGGGAGUUGGUGAGGUCUGCUUUUGGGGACGUCAUGUAUUUAUGGGCUAUCUGAACAUGGAGGAGAAGACCAUUGAAAGUCUUGAUGAGGAAGGCUGGCUUCAUUCUGGGGACCUGGGGAAACAUGAUGAGGAUGGCUUUCUCUUCAUUACCGGCAGAAUAAAAGAAUUGAUUAUUACUGCUGGUGGUGAGAAUAUCCCUCCAGUCCCUAUUGAGGAUUCUGUUAAGGAGAUGUUACCUGUUAUCAGCAAUGCCAUGCUCAUUGGGGACCGAAGAAAGUUCCUGUCCAUGUUGCUAACACUCAAGAGUAACAUCAAUCCCGACACAGGUGACCCAGAGGAUGAUCUUGCCACUGAGGCCAUAGAGUUUUGUCGGAACUUGGGUAGCAGUGCAACAAAGGUGUCUGAUAUUGUGGGUGGAAAGGAUAAAGCUGUGUAUGCUGCCAUUCAUGAAGGCAUUACCCAGCUCAAUGAGAAGGCCACUUCCAAUGCCCAGAAAAUCCAAAAAUGGUUGCUACUGGAAAAAGACUUUUCGAUGCCUGGAGGAGAACUUGGGCCAACAAUGAAACUUAAAAGACCUGUUGUAAUGAAGAUUUACAAGGACCAAAUUGAAAACUUCUACAAGGAUGUGGUGACCCCAGUAACUCCAGAGAAUCCUCUACCAGUCAAAUAGCCAGGUUUCCAGAUGUCUGCUUUUUGUGUACAGAUGUGCUGCUUCUGUUUGGUAUAUGUGAAUUAAUUUAUUGAAAUUUUUUUUCAACCGGGAAAAAAUAAACCCUGAAUCAUU